GUGCUGCUGUUUGUCACUCACCAAACUGCAUCAAUCCGAAGCUGCCAAUUGCUCCCUCACACCGAGUGGAAAUGGCAGCUCCAGAGGGAGAUGGUGGGCUACAGCCAGAGGAACUCAGCGGAGCUCAAGUCAUAGCAGAGGCACUGAGAAGGCAGAAUCUUCGGUAUAUGUUUGGGAUUGUUGGUAUUCCGGUGAUAGAAAUAGCCAUGGCAGCCCAAGCUGCUGGGAUUAAGUACGUUGGAAUGAGAAAUGAGCAAUCUGCUUGUUAUGCAGCAUCUGCAGUAGGAUAUUUAACUGGAAGGCCAGGCAUUUGCCUUACAGUCUCUGGCCCAGGUCUUUUACAUGCAGUGGGAGGAAUGGCAAAUGCAAACAUGAACUGCUGGCCUGUAGUUGUCCUUGCAGGAUCCUCUGACCGAAAUCAGGAAACAAUGGGUGCAUUUCAGGAAUUUCCACAGGUUUGUUGGACUCAAAACUCAUCUGUUUGGAUGGAGGCAUUGUAGUGAAUGAGUGAAAGCUUUAUCUAGUUAACAUUAUUGCUAUCACCUGGAUUUCAGCCCACGUCUCAGGUUUAUGAUAGACUGCCAGAUAGGUUAGUUUAAAAUAUUGACAAUGGAUCCAAUAUUAUCCUAAAUUCUGACACUUGCAAAACCUGCUGGAUGCUUUAUGAUUGAAAUUGUUAGCAACGCUACACAAAGAAAAUAAGUGAUUCAAUCUAACAGUCAUGGUAUCAUAAUGCAAGUUUGACUGCCGAGUUUGGCUGUUGUUCAUUGUAAUUAUUUUCUUCAAAUAAUCAAUUACCAAUCAUCUAAACGUUGGCUCUGCUGUUUUUCGUCUAUCUUAAAUUAAAAGAUUAUGUAGGUGG